CGCGUCGCAGGCAAGUCCUGGCAAUGGAAACUGUGGCCGAGGGUCACGUCCUGGGUGUGGGCAAUCCGCUGUUGGACUUUCUUGCUAAUGUAGAUGAGCAACUGUUUGCGAAGUACAAUUUGAAGACGGACGACGCGAUUCUAACGGAUGAUAAAGACAAUCCGUUGUACAAAGAGUUAGAGGAUAAGUAUGACGUGACGUACGCAGCUGGGGGAGCGACUUUAAACACCAUAAAAAUGAUUCAGUGGACUCUGCGUAAACCACAGCGAUGUACAUACAUUGGUUGUAUUGCAUCCGAUUAUGCUGGUGAUCUUUUAAAGCAGGAGUGUGACAAACUCGGUCUGCGCACCCGUUUCGAAGUCACCGGCAGCGGUUCGGGGACUGGACGGUGUGCGGUACUGCUUCUCGGCAAGCACCGGAGCAUGGUCACGCACUUAGGUGCCGCCAAAGAACUUUCCCUUGGGGGACUUCUAGACGCAUCUAUUUGGUCCCUUGUCGAGAGUGCCAAAGUUUAUUAUAUAUCAGGCUACGUGAUCAGUUCUUGUUUUGAAGGAAUAAUUGAAAUUGCGAAGCAUUCACGAAUAAACGGAAAACUGUUCUGUUUCAAUUUGAGUGCCCCAUUCAUCUCCACCUUCCUCACCGAGAAAUUGGACGCUAUCCUUCCGUACGUGGACAUCUUAUUUGGCAACAAAGCAGAAGCAUUGGCUUACGGCGAUUCACAUGGCCAUUUCAACGAACCACUUUCCAAGAUUGCUCAACGGCUGUGCAUGAUUAAAUCCAACUCCGAUAGACCUGUCGAUCGUAUUGUAAUUAUCACUCAAGACGCCGACCAAGUGAUUGUGGCCAGAACCGGGGAACCUGAGACCAAAGAAUUCGCUGUACCUCACAUUGACGAUGAGUAUAUUGUGGAUACUAACGGAGCCGGUGACGCGUUUGCCGCCGGUUUCAUUGCGGAAUACAUCAUUAGCGGUUCGGUGGAAAAAUCUAUUCAAUCAGCACUCAAAGCUGCAGGGUAUAUUAUACAAAGGUCUGGUUUCACACUGGGACCCCGCGACAAGUAUGACUUAGAUUAAACUACUUUUUUCUCGAAACAGUGUGCAGUUUUUGAAACUCUUUUCACUUUUGAGCUUUUCCAAUGUAUAUUGAUCAGUGUGUCCCACGAACCAACAGUUUUCAUUUUGAAUGGCAUUUUGUGCAUGUGUGGCUUAACCUGCAUUGUUCAACUUUACUUUAAUGGUCCUAUUUGAGCUCCAGACCCGACUUUUGAACUGUCUAGAUUUCUACUUUGUCUGAACCACAUGGAAGUUGGAGACCGUUCACAGGAAUAAUUGGUCUACUGACUUGUAUAAGUACCAAGAUUUUGUCGCACCUCUACUAUACCCUUUCUUCCCAAGUACAGAAUCCAAUUAUACCCCGCUAUAUAUGGUUGAAAAUAGUCCUGCUUAAUUCCUGCUCAUACG